AUGGCUUCCCAAUUUCAUCAGCUCCGGGUCCUGGUCUGGAAAAAUUGGCUUGGUGUCAAAAGGCAGCCGCUUUGGACACUUGUCUUGAUUUUAUGGCCAGUCAUUAUUUUCAUAAUUUUGGCUAUUACCCGGACCAAAUUUCCUCCAAGAGCAAAACCAACUUGUUACCUUGCACCUCGAAAUCUUCCUAGCACUGGCUUUUUCCCAUUCCUGCAAACCCUACUCUGUGACACAGACUCUAAGUGCAAAGAUACCCCCUAUGGGCCACAAGAUUUGCUUCGAAGGAAAGGAAUUGAUGCUAAACUAUUUAAAGACAGUGAAACUCUGAGAAAGUCGUCCAACCUGGAGAAGGACAGCAAUUUAUCACUCCGGAGCACCAAAGCUCCAGAAAGCCUACAUGCCUCACUGGCCACAGUAAUUUCCAGUCCAGGUCUUGAUUUGGAAAGUACUGCAACAGAUACUUUCAAUGAUACUCAAAUGCUUGCCAGGAUUCUUGGUUUGGAAAAGCUGCUAGAGGAAAAUUCAACUUCAGAAGAAGUACGAAGAGAGCUGUGUGAGAGCUAUCCAGGAUAUAUUGCGGAUUAUGCCUUCUCCUGGAGCACUCUAGGAAAAAAUAUUUUCAACAGAUUUUGCCUGACCAAUAUGACCCUUUUAGAAUCUUCUCUCCAGGAACUAACAGACCAACUCUCACAGAUAUCAAGCGACCCCCAGAAGCAGCAGACCAUGUUUCAGGAGAUGGUCAAAGUGCUAUCCUUUUUCUCAAGAAUUCAAGAGCAGGAGGCCGUGUGGCAAUUUCUCUCUAGUUUCCCAAAUGUGUUUCAGAAUGUCACAAAGCUAAACAAUCUGUUUGAUGUCCUUCGAAAUGCCAACAGUGCGCUGCUAGUCGUGCAGAAGGCUUACCCACGUGUCACAACCAACGAAGGUUUCAGAACUCUCCAUAAAUCUGUGGAACAUCUGCUGAACACUCUGGACUCCCCCACACAAGGUGGCUCAGAUAAUACGACACAUGUGUGGAAUGAGGACGACAUGCAGUCACUGUCCCCAAGCAGCCUGGCAUCACAGCUCCUUAUACUGGAAAACUUUGAAGAUGCACUUUUAAAUGUAUCAGCAGAUAGCCCUUACUUUCCUUACUUGGCAUGUGUGAGAAAUAUCACUGACAAUUUGGCCAGGGGAUCACAAGAAAAUUUAAGACUUCUUCAGUCUACAAUUCAAUUUAAAAAAUCUUUUCUUCAAAAUGGUUCCUAUGAGGAUUACUUCCCUCCACUUCCUGAUGUCCUGAAAACAAAACUUUCUCAGCUUCGAAAUUUGACUGAACUUCUUUGUGAACCCGAAACUUUCAAUUCAAUAGAGCAAAUGUGUCAGCAAUCCAAUCUGAACUUUGGGAACCUGUGUGAAGACAGCAUCCGCCAUGUGCGCUUCCUCAAAGCAGCAGAAGUUGGCACCGAAAUAGCAACCAACUUACUGUUCCAUGACAAUAUUCUAUCGGAAAAACUAAGGGAUUUGCUUACUGGGGAUCCAAACAAAAUUAACUUGAAUAUGGAUCAGUUUUUGGAAAAGGCUUUGCAAAUGAAUUACUUGGAAAAUAUCACACGACUGUUGCCCACCAUGGAGGCUGUGCUGCAUGUCAAUAGCAGUGGAGACGCUUCUGGAAGGCCAGGCGAGUUAAUAGAAUUGUUUAAAAAUGUUCAAGAGCUGAGAGAAGAACUAAGAAGAAGAACAGUACUGUCCAACAGAAGUAUUGACAAUUUGCUGGCCAUGCCUAUCCCUGAUAACAGAGCUGAGAUUAUUUCUCGUGUGUUCUGGCUGCAUUCUUGUGAUGCUAAUGGGACCAAUCCCAAGCUGGAAGAUGUGAUGAAGGAGUUCUGUAGCCUUCCUCUUCCUGAGAGGUCCCGGCAGUCCUACCUCAUUGCAAUCACUCUCCUUCACUAUUUAGAUAUUCACAACUUCGCAUACAAGGUGUUUGUACCUAGAGAAGAUCAAAAACCAGUAGAAAAAAUGAUAGAGCUCUUCAUGAGGUUGAAAGAAAUUCUCAAUCAGAUGGCUUCCGGCACACGUCCACUACUAGACAAAAUGAGAUCCUUGACACAAAUGCAUCUACCGAAAAGUGUUCCAUUAACACAGGCAAUGUACAGAAGUAACCGGAUGGACACACCCCAGGGAUCCUUUAGUACCAUCUCCCAAGCACUGUGUUCCCAGGGCAUCACCACUGAAUACUUAACUGCCUUGCUGCCCUCUUCCCAGAGACGAAGAGGCAAUGACACCAAGGAUUUAUUGACUUAUAAUUUAAGCAAAGAGCAAGUAGCUUCAAAAUAUGGAAUUCCCUUACACACCACACCAUUUUGCUUCUCCCUUUAUAAAGACAUCAUUAACAUGCCUGCCGGACCUGUGAUUUGGGCUUUCUUGAAACCUAUGUUGUUGGGAAAAAUUCUGUAUGCACCUUAUACCCCCAUCACAAAAGCAAUAAUGGAAAAGUCUAAUGCAACUCUAAGACAACUGGCUGAAUUAAGAGAAAAAUCUCAAGAGUGGAUGGAUAAGUCACCACUUUUCAUGAAUUCCUUUCACCUGUUAAACCAGACGAUUCCUAUGCUUCAGAAUACUCUAAGGAACCCCUUUGUACAAGUUUUCAUAAAAUUCUCCGUGGGACUUGAUGCUGUUGAAUUAUUGAAACAGAUUGAUGAACUUGAUGUUCUAAGGCUGAAAUUAGAAAACAGUAUUGACCUCAUUGAUCAUCUCAACACACUAUCGACUCUGACAGUAAAUAUUUCCUCCUGUGUAUUAUAUGACCGUAUCCAGGCAGCAAAAACCAUAGAUGAAAUGGAAACAGAGGCAAAAAGGCUCUACAAAAGCAAUGAACUCUUUGGAAGUGUUAUUUUUAAACUUCCUUCGAACCAAAGUUGGCACAGAGGUUAUCACUCUGCGAGUGUCUCUCUUCCUCCUGUCGUAAAAUAUACCAUACGCAUGAGUCUCAAGACUGCACAGACCACAAGAAGCAUAAGAACCAAGAUUUGGGCCCCGGGGCCUCACAACUCUCCAUCACACAACCAGAUCUAUGGCCGAGCUUUUAUUUACCUGCAGGAUAGUAUUGAAAGAGCUAUCAUUGAAUUGCAGACUGGAAGGAAUUCCCAGGAAAUAGCAGUCCAGGUCCAAGCAAUUCCUUAUCCGUGCUUCAUGAAAGACAACUUCUUAACCAGUGUCUCUUACUCUCUUCCAAUUGUGCUUAUGGUUGCCUGGGUUGUAUUUAUAGCUGCAUUUGUUAAAAAACUUGUUUAUGAAAAAGACCUCCGGCUUCAUGAGUACAUGAAGAUGAUGGGUGUAAAUUCCUGCAGUCAUUUUUUUGCCUGGCUUAUAGAAAGUGUUGGAUUUUUGCUGGUUACUAUCAUCAUCCUCAUCAUCAUCCUCAAGUUUGGCAAUAUUCUUCCUAAAACAAAUGGGUUCAUUUUGUUCCUGUAUUUUUCGGACUACAGUUUCUCGGUCAUUGCCAUGAGCUACCUCAUUAGUGUCUUCUUCAACAACACCAACAUCGCUGCCCUGAUUGGCAGCCUGAUCUACAUCAUUGCCUUUUUCCCUUUUAUUGUUCUAGUUACGGUGGAGGAUGAGUUGAGCUAUGUCAUAAAAGUAUUCAUGAGUUUCCUGUCCCCUACGGCCUUCAGCUAUGCAAGCCAAUACAUUGCACGCUACGAAGAGCAAGGCAUCGGUCUUCAGUGGGACAAUAUGUACAGUUCCCCAGUGCAGGAUGAUACUACCUCAUUUGGCUGGCUCUGCUGUUUUAUCCUGGCAGACUCUUUCAUUUAUUUCCUUAUUGCUUGGUAUGUCCGGAAUGUUUUCCCAGGGACAUAUGGUAUGGCAGCUCCAUGGUAUUUUCCAAUUCUUCCUUCUUAUUGGAAGGAGCGAUUAGGGUGUGCAGAGGUGAAGCAUGAGAAGAGCAAUGGCCUUAUGUUUACAAACAUCAUGAUGCAGAACACCAACCCGUCUGCCAGUCCUGAAAGCAUGUUUCCCUCCAACGUUGAACCUGAACCGAAAGAUCUUACAGUUGGGGUUGCCUUACAUGGUGUCACAAAGAUCUAUGGCUCGAAAAUUGCUGUGGAUAACCUCAAUUUGAACUUCUAUGAGGGGCAUAUUACUUCAUUGCUGGGGCCCAACGGAGCUGGGAAAACUACCACCAUCUCCAUGCUGACUGGGCUCUUUGAGGCCUCCGCAGGGAACAUCUUCGUUUAUGGAAAGGAUAUCAAAACAGACCUAAACACUGUACGGAAGAGCAUGGGGGUCUGCAUGCAGCAUGAUGUCCUGUUCAGUUACCUUACGACCAAAGAGCACCUUCUUUUAUACGGCACCAUCAAGGUUCCUCACUGGACCAAAAAGCAGCUGCAUGAAGAAGUGAAAAGGACAUUGAAAGACACUGGACUGUAUAGCCAUCGCCAUAAGAGAGUUGGAACGCUGUCUGGAGGCAUGAAGAGAAAGCUGUCUAUAUCCAUAGCUCUCAUCGGAGGAUCAAGAGUGGUUAUUUUGGAUGAGCCCUCCACUGGUGUUGACCCAUGUUCUCGCCGGAGCAUAUGGGAUGUUAUAUCCAAAAACAAAACUGCCAGAACAAUCAUUCUGUCGACACACCACUUGGACGAAGCGGAAGUGUUGAGUGACCGCAUCGCCUUCCUGGAGCAGGGUGGGCUGCGCUGUUGUGGCUCACCUUUCUACCUCAAGGAAGCCUUCGGAGAUGGAUACCACCUCAUCCUCACCAAGAAAAAGAGCCCGAAUCUCAAUGCCAGUACCGUAUGUGACACCAUGGCCGUGACAGCAAUGAUCCGAUCGCAUCUCCCGGAAGCCUACCUCAAAGAGGAUAUUGGAGGAGAGCUGGUUUAUGUGCUUCCUCCAUUCAGCACCAAAGUCUCAGGGGCCUACCUGUCACUCCUAAGGGCACUGGACUCUGGCAUGGGUGACCUCAACAUUGGCUGCUAUGGCAUUUCAGACACCACAGUGGAAGAGGUCUUUCUGAACUUGACUAAGGAAUCACAGAAGAAUAGCAAUAUGAGUCUGGAGCACUUAACCCAAAGGAAAAUUGGGAACCCCAAUACUAAUGGCAUGGCAACCCCUGAUGACCUAUCCGUAAGCAGCAGCAACUUCACGGACAGAGAUGACAAAGUCCUGACAAGAGGAGAGCGGUUGGAUGGUUUCGGGUUGUUUCUGAAGAAGAUAAUGGCCAUCCUCAUUAAGAGGUUCCACCACACCCGCAGAAACUGGAAAGGUCUCAUUGCUCAGGUCAUUCUCCCCAUCGUCUUUGUAACCACUGCUAUGGGCUUAGGCACGCUGAGAAACUCCAGCAACAAUUACCCAGAGAUCCAGAUAUCCCCAUCUCUUUAUGGUACCACCGAACAGACGGCCUUCUAUGCAAAUUUUCACCCAAGCACAAAAGCACUGGUCUCAGCAAUGUGGGCUUUCCCUGGCAUUGACAAUAUGUGUUUGAACAUCAGUGAUUCAAGGUGCUUAAAGAAAAACAGUCUAGAAAAAUGGAACACCAGCGGAGAACCUGUCACUAAUUUUGAUGUUUGCUCCUGCUCAGAAGAUGUCCAGGACUGUCCUAAAUUUAACUAUUCUCCACCUCAUAGAAGAACUUAUUCUUCCCAAGUAAUAUAUAACCUCACUGGGCACCGCUUGGAAAACUAUCUCAUAUCAACCGCCAAUGAAUUUUCGCAGAAAAGAUAUGGAGGUUGGAGUUUUGGGUUGCCUUUGACAAAUGACCUCCGAUUUGAUAUUACGGGAGUUCCUGCCAAUAGAACACUUGCCAAGGUCUGGUAUGAUCCAGAAGGCUACCACUCCCUUCCGGCUUACCUCAACAGCUUGAAUAACUUCCUGUUGCGAGUUAACAUGUCAAGACAUGAUGCGGCUCGACACGGAAUCAUCAUGUACAGUCAUCCUUACCCAGGAGUGCAGGACCAAGAACAAGCCACAAUGAGCAGCUUAAUCGAUAUUUUAGUGGCACUUUCUAUCCUGAUGGGCUACUCGGUCACCACCGCCAGCUUCGUCACCUAUGUCGUCAGGGAACACCAGACCAAAGCCAAGCAGUUGCAGCAUAUCUCAGGCAUCGGGGUGACAUGCUACUGGGUCACAAACUUCAUUUAUGACAUGGUCUUCUACUUGGUACCCGUGGCAUUUUCAAUUGGUGUCAUUGCUAUUUUCAAGUUACCUGCCUUCUACAGUGAAAACAAUUUGGGCGCUGUAUCUCUUCUACUUCUGUUGUUUGGAUAUGCCACAUUUUCUUGGAUGUACUUGUUGGCUGGACUCUUCCAUGAAACAGGAAUGGCUUUCAUCACUUACGUCUGCAUCAAUCUUUUUUUUGGGAUUAAUUCUAUCGUUUCCCUGUCAGUGGUAUACUUUCUUUCCAAGGAAAAGCCUAAUGAUCCGACUUUAGAACUCAUUUCUGAAACCCUCAAGCGCAUUUUCCUGAUAUUCCCACAAUUCUGUUUUGGUUAUGGCUUAAUUGAACUUUCUCAACAACAGUCAGUCCUGGACUUCUUAAAAGCAUACGGAGUGGAGUUUCCUAGUGAAACCUUUGAGAUGAACAAACUAGGUGCCAUGUUUGUGGCGUUGGUUGUGCAGGGCACCAUGUUCUUUUCCUUGCGACUUUUGAUCAAUGAAUGGAUAAUAAAGAAACUCAGACUGUUCUUUAGAAAAUUCCAUUCUACACCUGUGGUGGAGAUGAAUGAUGAAGAUGAAGAUGUGAGGGCAGAAAGACUAAGAGUCGAAAAUGGGGCAGAUGACUUUGACCUGGUCCAACUUCAUCGUCUCACCAAGACCUAUCAGCUCAUCCAUAAGAAGAUUAUAGCUGUAAACAACAUCAGCAUAGGAAUACCUGCUGGGGAGUGUUUCGGCCUCCUCGGGGUGAAUGGAGCAGGGAAGACUACAAUCUUCAAGAUGCUGACAGGCGAUAUCAUUCCUUCAAGUGGAAAUAUUCUGAUCAGAAAUAAAACUGGAUCUCUGGGUCACGUUCACUCUCAUAGCUCAUUGGUUGGCUACUGUCCUCAGGAAGAUGCCUUAGAUGACCUGGUAUCUGUAGAAGAACAUCUGUAUUUCUAUGCUAGGAUUCAUGGAAUCCCAGAAAAAGAUAUCAAAGAAACUGUUCAUAAACUCCUGAGGAGACUUCACCUGAUGCCUUACAAGGACAGAGCAACCUCCAUGUGCAGUUACGGCACAAAAAGGAAAUUAUCCACUGCGCUGGCCUUGAUAGGGAAGCCUUCCAUUCUACUGCUGGAUGAGCCAAGCUCAGGGAUGGAUCCCAAAUCGAAACGGCACCUCUGGAAGAUCAUUUCUGAAGAAGUUCAGAACAAAUGUUCUGUCAUUCUGACAUCUCACAGUAUGGAAGAAUGUGAAGCUCUCUGUACCAGGCUGGCCAUUAUGGUGAACGGAAGGUUCCAAUGUAUUGGAUCUCUGCAACAUAUAAAGAGCAGGUUUGGACGUGGGUUUACUGUCAAGGUUCACGUGAAGAAUGCCAAAGUGAGCAUGGAGGCCCUCACCAGAUUCAUGCAACUGCACUUUCCAAAAACAUACUUAAAAGAUCAGCACCUCAGCAUGUUAGAGUAUCAUGUCCCAGUUACUGCAGGAGGAGUAGCAAACAUUUUUGAUCUACUAGAAAAGAACAAGGCUGCUUUAAAUAUCACCAAUUUCUUAGUCAGUCAGACUACUCUGGAAGAGGUUUUCAUCAACUUUGCUAAAGAUCAGAAGUCCUAUGAAACCGCUGACACCAGUAGCCAAAGUUCCACCAUAAGUGUUGACUCUCAGGAUGACCAUUUGUAGUCACAGUCCUUCCAGC